GUGAAGAUAGUAGAUCUUUACGAAUGGAAUAUGACGAGAAGGUGAAGGAUUUAGAUGGGCGCUUGCAAGAAACACUCAAACUUCAUGAAGCCCGCAAAAUUGAAAUAUAUCAUCUGCAACGGCAGGUAGUUCGCGCAUUAGAAGAACAAAAAAAUAUCAGCGCCUCUCUUCGUGAUGGUGGUGGCGUAAAGCGGACGCUUUCAGGUCUGAGCGGCAAUUCACAGUUACAUUUACCGUCUGCAUUAAGUUAUUUACCACACAUCAAUGGUAAGCCUGAGAGCCUUCAGCCUGCAUUUCAACUCUCACAGGGCAUUUCUGGAG